ACUUCUAGCUUUGACUCCACUGUAGUGCUGUCUGUCUGUGCUUAACUCCUUCAGAUGUUCUAGUCAUUAAUUUAUGAAUCUCCCUGCUCAUAUUAAUAAUGAUACUAAUGUCAAGGGCAGCGCGAUAUAGGCAUGGAAAGCCAUAAAGCACAGCAGCAGCAUGUAUUAAUGGGGUCCUGAAUCAGCCAAAUAGCUAUGGGUUUGCAGGCCAUACACUUCUGCUUUUCAGUUCACACCAAGCAAGAAUUAGAAGAAACUCUAUGCCACUAAAUAAAUGUAAGAAAAUGGUGCAAAUGUGCCAUUAUCCCUGAAACAACUCCGGUGACAGUGUGCCAAAGGAAAAAUGAAUCCUCAGACUGAGGAGAAGUGGAGGCAGUCCAGUAUGUAUUGUGAGCAGCCACAGGAGGACUUUGGUGAUCCUGUGCAAUUGUAUUCCUGAGUCUCUCUGUGAUUAAUCGUUUUGUGUGCUGAAAAGAGAAUUUUACCCGGAACUAAGUGAGAGACUCUUACACAAUUAACAUACAAUGAUAAAUGAGAACCUGUCGGCUUACCACGUGUAGAUCAAGGAAGGGAGAUGAGGACAAAACUAAGAUAAGGGUACAUCUCUCCUUCCUUUGUACUCCCUUUAAAGGAUGAUCAGAUACAGACUUCUGGCCUUUCUGAAAGCCCAGUGACUAUGAAACCUAGUGCCAACUAACCCAGCCUCACUGACCAUGCCAUACAGCAAAAAUGUUCCCAAGGACAGCCCAACAUACCCCUCAUUCACAGCCACUCAUCAGCCACACUGCAGUCUCCUCCUGUUACUAUUUCUGAUGAACUGCCUGUAGCUCUCCAUUCCUAGAUAAAGAUCUAAGCAUUUUCAGCCAGGCUAAAAUAAAAUAAAAUAAAAUAAAUCCCGUGUGCUCUACAGGGGAAAACACCUGCCAGCAGUUUGCGCUCAGGAAGAGGUCAAUGAAAACUGGGAAGAAGCUCUUCACAGACAGUGCCUGGUGUCUUUAGAGGAGCACAGUAAAAAUAUGAUCCUGAUAUGGAAACUCAGUCUCUGGGCUGGCUUUUCCCCUCUCACCUCCCUGUUUCACCACAGGAGAAAUCCAUCACCCAUUGCCUACUUUGUAAGCAGUUUUAAAGCUGCUGGUAGAGUUUUUGACCCAAUUAGAGCUUAUCUGGCACAGAGCGCUGUUCACAGGCUGCUCAGAUUCACAGCUGCAAUAAAGGAGAGCCCCUUGAUAAAGAGUUCUUGGGUUUUUCUUUGUUCAGAGAGGAAAUUCAGCUGGCUUAUUUUGGGGAUUACUGCAUGAUCAAGAUAGUUGCAUAACUAGAAGGAUCAUAAACACCAUUUUGAAUUAACAAAUGAACCCUCACGUGCAGGAGGAACAGAAACUCCACCCAAGCUUUCAUCCUACUUCUGCCUGAAGAUCUAAGCAGGUGCACAGUCAUCAAUACAGCACAGGACUGAGGACGUUCAAGCAUGAGAAAUUCUCUGCCAAGUUUCUUUCUCCUUUUUCUUUUUUUUUAAUUUCUUGGGUUAUUCAUCUGCAACAAAUUCCAAUAUUCAGCAAAGAAUCCUAAGAGUGAAAAGCUCCAGGAACAAAACACAGAAAAGCACUGCAAAUAUUUUUUAACACAAUGGCCCUGGAUAAAAUGGAAAAAUUGCAUCUGGAAGAUGAAAUGAUCCAAACUGAGCUGUGUGAAUUGGAAGGUAUUCCCUUAACAAAACCAAUAUACAGCAUAUGGGAUCAAGUGUGGAACUUCAAAGCCAGACCUGACGAUCUUCUCAUUGCAACCUAUGCAAAAGCAGGUACCACAUGGACACAGGAGAUAGUGGAUAUGAUUCAACAAAAUGGAGACAUUGAGAAGUGUAGACGUGCCAGUACUUACAGACGCCAUCCUUUCCUUGAAUGGUAUAUGCCAGAGCCUUCGCCUAAUGGUUACUCAGGCCUGGAGCUAGCUGAAGCUAUGCCUUCUCCACGAACUAUAAAAACUCAUCUUCCUGUGCAGAUGGUGCCCCCCUCCUUCUGGGAACAAAACUGUAAGAUAAUCUAUGUGGCGAGAAAUGCAAAAGACAACCUGGUGUCAUACUACCAUUUCCACAGAAUGAAUAAAGCACUUCCUGACCCAGGAACCAUGGAAGAGUUCAUGGAGAAAUUCAUGGCUGGAAAAGUGCUUUGGGGCUCCUGGUAUGACCAUGUGAAAGGAUGGUGGAAGGCAAAAGACAAGCACCGUAUUCUCUACCUCUUCUAUGAAGAUAUGAAGGAGAAUCCAGAGAGACAAAUUCAGAAGAUUAUGAAGUUUAUGGAGAAGGACUUGGAACAGGAGGUUCUUAACAAGAUAAUCCAUAACACCUCUUUUGAGAUAAUGAAGGAAAAUCCCAUGGCAAACUACACUAAGGAUUUUGUGGGAUUAAUGGAUCACUCAGUUUCCCCAUUCAUGAGAAAAGGAGUUGUCGGGGACUGGAAGAAUUAUUUCACUGUGGCACAAAACAAGAAAUUUGAUGAGGAUUAUAACAAGAAAAUGGCUGAUACAUCUCUUGUUUUUCGUGUCGAAUUGUGAUUAUUAGCAAUGGGAGUUAUUCUUUAUGACCUAUCGGCCUUUCCAUUUUAUGUAUUUUGCUUUUCCUUGUGUCCCUAAUAUUUCAAUAUCUUUCUUUCACAUACCACUGAUUUUUCAUUAUGAUGAGAGUGCCCGAAUUAUGAGGAAGUUUAGACUGGUCUAUCUGAAGAAAAUAAUCCCUCUCUCGAUACUUGUCAUCCAACCCUCCCACAGUAACUUUUAGCAUUAACUAAAAUAUUUCAGACAUGUUUUGAGUUUGUGUCAUUGUUAAACUGCAGCUGGCAUUUUCAAAUCAACCUGGCAAUUUUAAAUGAGAAAUUAGGAACAAAACAAAAAAAAAAAGUGUUGAAAGAAU